GAACGAUGGAUGUGAGCCGCGAAUGGCGCGAAAGUGUGGCGGGGAUGGCCGCUGUGCGCAACGCAGCGCGCUGUCGUCUCUGCUGCAACAUGCCUGAGGAACCACGCUGUCUCCUGGAGUGCGAUCAUCUCUUCUGCAAGGAGUGCAUCGUUGAAGCACUGGAGGACAACAGCGUGUGUCCCGAGUGCAAGCGGCCCAGCUUUCCCCGUGACAUUGUCGAAAGUGACCAGAUUUCGGAGGUGGUGCUGUUUGUCAAGACGAUGGAGAAGCUGAUGGAGACGCAAGACCCGCCCUCCAUCGCCGGCUCCCAACUGAAGCUGGGGAGCGUCCCACCGAGCCAGGCAGGCGACGAGUAUGCUGCAAUCAGCACCCGCGGAAAGGCAAACAACAGGAAGAAUAAGGGGGCCAGGAAGUUGGCAACACAGAACGGCACACGUCGCCGCGGCGCUCCCCUCACAACGGUGACCAACACGGGCGGGGUGGUGAGUGAACGUGCGGAUCAGGCACAGCCGACACAGCCGACACAGCCGCGGCGGGUGAAGGCAACGCCCAAGCGAAGCAACAACACCACCACCAGCACCAGCACCGCCAUGGCAGAGGAACAAGACGACGAAGAGGGUAGGGCUGAGGAGGAGGGAGGCAGCGGCAGUGGCAAGGCCGCCGGCAGUGGAGGUGGUAAACGUCACAACCGUGGCAAACGCGAAGAUGAAGAUGAAGGUGAAGAGGAUGAACAGGAUGAAGAGGAUGAAGAGGAUGCACGGCCGGUGCGCAGCAAGAGGGCCAAGACGAGUGGGAGUGCAGCAAAUGGCAGGACAGCGCGGCACACUGCACACAACAAAGAUGGCAAGCAGCCCAAGAAGCAGCAGAGGCAGCGGCAAAGCAGAGCUCGCAAGGCUGACACGAGGGAAGCAUCAUCAUCAACAAGAACAUCACCAUCAUUGUCAUCGAAAGUAGCCACGCCUGUUCGCCACCGCCGCACAACCAACACACGCGUAAAGCAGAAGCAGCCAAAGAAGGAGCGGGUGAACCAGCACGGCGAGACGGCGCUGCAGGUUGCAUGCAAGAAAGGGCAGUUGACGCGUGUGCAGGAGCUGUUGACAGCCGGCGCCAACGCCAAUCACGCCGACCACGCAGGCUGGACGCCUCUGCAUGAGGCGUGUCAGAUUGCAUCAGAGCCUAUUGUGUGGGCGCUGCUGGAUGCUGGUGCGAAUGUGAACGCCACUGCCACCAUUGAAGGCGACACACCCCUGCAUGACGCAAUUUGCGCAAAUGCACCAGAGAUUGCGCUGCUGUUGGUGGAGCGCGGUGCGCGCGUCGAUGUGAAGAAUGCACAGGGUCACACCCCCUUGGACGUCUGUCCAAACGAAUCCCUCAAGCAGUCCUUGACCGCGGCAACGACGACGACCACACACGCAACAGAGCCAGCAACACCAACAACACAUCCAACAGGUGGCGCGGGUACAGCAACAACAGCAACAGCAACAACAACAACAACAACAACAACAACAACAACAACAACAACAACAGCAACAACAACAGUAGCAUCAAGCUCAACGUCAGGUGGUGGUGGGCGCGGUGCGUGCGAGAGCGUGGAGUCAGCGCCGCUGUUUGGACCAGGGGGCACGCUCGUGCUCUUUGAUGGUGCCGAUGGUGCCGAUGAUGAUGAUGACGGUGAAGGUGAAGGUCAAGAUGGUGAUGGUCAUGACGGUGAUGAUGGGGAUGAACCAGACGUGGAGCCGUCGAGCUUGCCGGCGUCGCAGGCGAGCGGCGUGAGUGGCGAUGCGCUGUCUGAUGUCGCCCACCCGAUCCUCACCAUCACCGCCGUCAACGACGACCUCAGGCGCAAGACGCAGCGGGCGUGUCGCAAUCUGGGCGGUGAAGUGCAGACCAACAUCACACAAGGAGUGACACAUGUGCUGACGGCGCUCAACGACGAUGGGCGUGUCAAGAGGACCAUCAAGUACUUUCAAGGCAUUCUGCUCGGAUGCUGGGUCCUCGAUGCUGCAUGGGUAUAUGCGAGCGACAAAAAGGGCGCGUGGUUGGCAGAGGAGACGUACGAAGUCAAGGCAGAUACCGUCGCGGAGGGUGGAGCAAUUCGCAGCCGACUCUCUCGCCUCAACGACGAGCCACGUCUGUUUGCCGGCUGCUCGUUCUAUUUCGCCAAGUCGCCCCCUGGCGCUGCUGCUGCUGGCCGACCCGCCGUUAAGGACCUGCGGGCACUCGUCACCCUUGGACACGGCAAGGUGCUGUGUCGGGAGCCGCUUGGGACGACGGCGGAGUUUGCAGCCGUGACGCACCGCCCGCAUCACGCCGCCGAUGCAAUGUCGCCAGAGACGUUCAUCGUCGCUGCCGACGAGGCAGACUGCGACAGGUUGGCGCGGAAGCACCGUCGUCACCGCGUCCGCUGCGUUACGCGGCAAUGGAUCCUCGACUCCAUCUCCCACUUCAAGCUCCUCUGACCAUUUGUUUUGUUUUGUGUGCGUGUGUGUGUUGUUUGUUUGUUUUUGUGUGUGUGUCCGUGUUUGUUUG